AUGUCCUAUUACCCGGGCACAGCUACGACCUCUCGGCAAGCCGUAGGCGGAGGCUACUACGACACCAUGCCGUCCUCAUCCUCCCAGGCUCAACUCUCCGUCCAGACCUACGACCCCUACGCCGUCGCCGCCCCUCCUCCGCUGACCAUCCCUCCCGUUGCCGCAGCCGAUCUGCCCUCCUCUUCCUCGUCUACGGGCCUACCUCAGCAGCACCGCGCAUCGUCGGGGGCUUGGAGCCCGCAGGAUGAUGCCACCCUGCUACAAGCCCGAGCACAAGGCCAGAACUGGGCCCAGAUCCAGGCAGCCUACUUUCCCUUCAAGACCCCCAACGCCUGCCGAAAACGCCACGAGCGACUUAUGGAGCGCCGCGGUGCAGAUGAUUGGGACGCGAGGAAGAUGGAGAGGCUCGCGCGGGAGUACAUGACGAUGCGCAAGGAGAUAUGGGGACCGCUGGCGCAGAGGACGGGGGAGAAGUGGAACGUCGUUGAGCAAAAGUGCAUGUCGAGGGGUCUCAAGAACCUGCAGUCGGCCAGCCGCUCGUGCGCCCGUCGUGAGCGCCUCGAGCGGAGCGGGCAGCAUCAGCAUCAGCACAUGGGCCAGCAUGGCGGCUUAUCGGGGUAUGACGACGACUCCGGCAUCUCGGGGAUCGGGGGGCUGACUCCGGCCGUAGACGUGGACGAGGAAGAGGAGGUGGACGAGCUGCAGGCCGCGCACUACGGAGCGGGCGGAGCGAGCAGCUCGCCGGAGCCGCACUCGUCGGCGACGAGCUCGUCUAGUGGCGGCGGCGGCUACAGCUACAGCGCGUACGCCGCCGCGGCCGCGCAGGGCUACCACCAAGGGUACGGUGGCGUGCAGCACCACCAGCAGGGUGCGUAUGCCGUAGGUGCCGGUGGCAGGAUGGGCAGCGAAGGCGGGAUGGGGAUCGAUGCCAUCAUCCAUCCUGGGCCUGGAAGGAGGGUGUGA